CUUAUCGAAGAUGGCGGCUCUCUGCGUGUCCGGCACUGCUAGAAGAAGCCUCACGUGGAUAGUCUCAGGUGCUCCACGUAGAGAAUUUUGGUCACGAUUCAGAAAAGAGAAACAGCCGGUGGUGGCUGAGACAGUAGAAGAGGUGAAGAAAGAACCUAUCCCAGUGUGUCCGCCCUUACGAAGCCGAACAUACAUACCACCUGAAGAUCUCCAGAGUCGUUUGGAAUCUCACGUCAAAGAAGUUUUUGGCUCAUAUGCAACUAGCAAUUGGCAGGACAUCUCCCUGGAAGAUGUUCAUCUGAAGUUCAGCUUCUUGGCCCGUUUAACUGAUGACUUAGGCCAUGCAGUGCCUAACUCCAGGCUUCACCAGAUGUGCAGGGUCAGAGAUGUUCUUGAUUUCUAUAGUGUGCCUGUUCAGGAUAUAUCUAAAUUUGAUGAACUUAUUGCUAGUAAUCUACCUCCCAAUUUAAAAAUCACUUGGGGUUACUGAGAAGUUCAAAGGAGGAGCACAUUGAAAUAAUUUUGAUACUUUACCAUGUGACCUUUUGAUACUUUACCAUGUGAAAUGCUGUCAGAACUGGUCUCUAAACCUACUUUUUUCUGUGGAAGAAUGUAUUCUCUCUCUUUUUUUUUUUUACCACCAUGAAUUGACAAACAAGAUUUUUUUUCACAUUUGCUGAAACUUUUCUGUUUUUUGUUUUUUUAAUGGAACCAGGUCAUUAAUAAUUUAUGAAAAUACAUAUUACAUAACAAGGUAACAUUCAUAAAAGAAACAAAAAUCUGUGUAGUAUAUUAUGAAAGUUGUUUCACUAUUUGCUUUACUGUACAAGUAGAAAUAGUAGAAGAUGAUACUGUUCAAUCUAGAUUAAUCUCUUGGAAUUAAAGAUUUCUUGAAGUGUGUUUUUAAUUUUUCUGAGGUGAAAUUUGCUUUUCUACCUUCUCAUUUUCUUAAUUUAAGUAUUAUAAAUGAAAAAGUCACAGUAUGUGCCAGCUGUUAAGAGCUGUGACCUUUUUUGGUAACAGAUACACCAGAUUCUAUACCUAAAUGGAUAUUCUCUUCAAAGGACGUGACGUUUAUUUCAAACGUUUUUUCUUUUCUGUAACUUUUAAAAAGUGGCCUUCAGUACUUAUGACUUAUCCACUAGGGUGAUAAGUCUUUGCAGACUUUAAUGUAUUUAAUUUGUGGAAAUUACUCAAAUAGUGAGCUAACCAGGUGAUUCUGAAUGAUAAAAAUGAGAAAAUGGUUAAAUUAGGAGUUAUUCUUGUUCAGACUUUAGAUAUGACUAGAGAGAAUGAGAAGGAAUUUCUUAUAUUUUAUCUUUACUAAUAAUUCUGAAGGAAAAGUGAUAGGUUUUAAACAAAGGAAAUUCUAUUUAUUUUCUUUCCUAGGGUGACUCCUUUGAAGAGGGCAAAAAUUAGUUGGGUAUAUAAAUUCUGGUAUGUUUAUUAGAAAAAUAAAUUACAGUAUAGUCAUGCCCUAUAAAUGUCAUCAGCGGACAAUCAGAUUUUCAAUAACCUCUACAUUGAAGAACUUUAGAAGUACCUGGAGUGUCAAAAUGUUAGGAGCCCUGGAACUUAAACAUUAGAGCUGUUGUAUCCCUUCUGCUUCUAUGUGAAAUGGGUUCAGCAUGGAAACAUUUGAAUUUUACAUACAGGAUUUGAUUAUCUCAUUUCCCGCACAAUUUUUAAUCUGGAGACACAGAACGUGCAAAGGACAAGGUGGAAGUAGGGGAUGGUGAGGGCAGUAUGGAAAAACACUUGGUUUCAUUGGAGAGCUGCAACGCCAGCCUUCAUGUAAAUGUUAUGGCUGAAGAAAUUACUCCUCUCUAGCCUGGAGCAGUUUCUCAAAAUUUUAUGUGCUUAUGAAUCACUUGGGAUCUUUUUAAAAUGCAGAUUCUAAUUCUGUAGGUCAAAAAUGGGUCCUGAGCUUGUCUUAAAAGCCCCUAGGUUAUUCUGAUGGUGUUUUGAGUAUCAUGACCCUAGACUAGUAUUGAGGUGGGAGACAAAUACUACCCGCUGAAACAACAGUCCUGGAACGUA